CUUUUUGUGAUAUUUUUAUGCAUAUUAUAAGCAAAAUAAAUGAUGAAUGAGUUCAUGAAAUUCCAAGCAUUCUUUAGCGUGAAGAAAUGUGAUAACAGCAUCACAUGAAAAAGUCAAUAAGCAGAGAUUUAAAGAAGUUUGGUAUUUCUUGAAGCUUUUUAUAGAGGUGUCAUGUUGGAUUAUAUGACACUGGGACGAUGGUUAAAAGAAACUGAAAGGUAAUAUUUCAUUCAGUGUUUCAAGUCAUUAAAACACUCAGAGAAUCUGCUGUGGUAAUGACGUCAUUGCUUAUAGGAGUCAUUUGACCAAAUGCACUGUAAUGUGAUACAGUGUGCGCAUGCGCGUCGGGCAUCUGACCCGAUGAUGUAAGGGAUCAGUGCAGAGAGAGGAGUUAGAUUUACUGAGCAUCAGCGCUCAGGGAAGAGUGGAUGAGAGGAUCUAAUAAGUGAGAUGCAGACACUUUUACAGGACAUAAGCAAUGGGAGUGAUGCUGAAUUUCUGCUGGGUGCCAGCUGACAGGGCAGAUGUGGGCGGUGAAAGCUGCGCUGCAGAGAGCUGAGAAAAUCUGCACACACUGAGGGUACAAUGGACGCCAUGACCUCCUUUUCUUACAUCUACAUUGUCACCAUCUGUGUGGGCCUCCUCUCUGCAGAAGCUGAGAUCACUGUAUCUGGCCAAGUGGGGUCUACAGCUGUCCUGCCGUGUGAACUGCAGCGUGUAGGCACUGAAAUACAGCAUAUUAGGUGGAUCACUGAAUCUGAGACUGUGUUUGAGCGAUUGGGUGAUGAGAGCUAUCAGGGUGAGGGAUAUGAGGACCGUGUGGACGUCCCUGAGGAAGAGCUGCAUAAGAGGAGCUGUUCCUUGGUGUUGCACAAUCUGUCACUUACUGAUGCAGGUGUCUACACGAGCUACCAGACAGUGAGACGCUCCAAGAGCUCUGCCUCUGUCAAGACAAAAAGAGACCUGAUCAGCCGUGUUAAACUCUCAGUCCAGGAAAAACCUCCUGAAAACAGAACUGAAAUUCCCACAGAUGAUGCAGGAAUGAAGUGUCCUCACCCACCGAUCAUGGUCUUGUCCCUCAUAUCAUGUUUACUCCUCCAGUUCUUCUUUGCGUAAACCUGAGUGUGAAUUAGAGCUGUGCACAGGACUGUGUCUUUAUGUCUAAAGCACCACGUGGUGGAAGUGUUAUGUUUUUGUGUUGUUCUGUUCGCCUGCUUGAAUACACAACCUCCUGUCAGUCUGUGUGUUAUCUUUCAGAAGGUCAGAGCCAAAGCAUAUAGGGAGGAUCAGACAAAGAUCAAUCCUAAUGACCCCCAUAAAAGGUACAGGAAAGAGAGAAAAGAAAUGUACCCUGUCCACUUUAGGGUUACGGGAACCCAGCCCUGGAUCCAGGCCACAGGCAAGCGUCUGGUGACUGGGCCCCGCACAUAACCCAGUCGCUCUCAUCCUGAAAUGCUUUCUGCUCUUUACAUAGCUACACAACAAUUAGUUUAACACAAAUAUAUUUAGACCAGUUUUAAACAUAACUGGAAGAUAUAAGAACGUAUAUUGAAUCUAUCUUCUGUACUGCUUAAUAAGGUGUAGUGACACAAGUUACAUUUUUGUUGCAGAUGGUUUGAUGAUAUUGCUUUUGGCAGUGCUGUCCGACAGCUACAUAGACGCUUAAUUUCAUUAGCUUCAUUACACAAGCUAACCUGUUAGAAGUUUUCCUACAUCACAGUUGAAGUAUUAUUGUCAGGGUUUGCUGUUAAACUGCAAUGACAAGUGAUAUCCAUGACUGUAAGUGUUAUUGUUACUGAUGCUGUAUAUAAUCACUUUUGCUAAUAAAGGCACUUUGCUGAACAAGGAAUAA